AUGAUUAUACAGAAAACUAUUAUCGUUAUUCUACUACUAUUUAUCUGGAUUCCUAAAUCUUUUCAAAGUAUGUUUAUUGAUAUGAAAAGUACUUAUAAUAAUUGAAAUAUAAUAUCUGAUUGUGAGAUCUCUAUAAUUCGGAAUUCUUAAUUUUACUUCGGUAAAUUUAGAGAACACAUUUUAUAAAUAGAGAGAUUUUUUCAGUAAUUUCUUUAAUCCGAUGAGCAAAGUCUGCUGCGCUAUUAGAUUGUGUUGACUAGAUUAUUUUUUUUUUUUGAAUUUUCAAAAACAAUUAUUUGGAAUUAACUAUGGGCCCACUUUUUAUAAAUCAGAACACCUAUUAAGAAAUAGAACCAUUUCUUAUCAUUUAUUUUCUAUGAGUUGUUUGUUGAGCUUUAGAAUAAACUAACAAGAAAACGAAAAACAUUUCAAUUUUCUCGACGUUUUCCCGCAACAUUUUUUUUACUUAUUUUCUAAACAACAUCAUUAUGUGAUCAUCUAUAAAAUACAACAAACACUUUCACUUAUUUUAUUUUUGUGUCCAUCCAUGUUUUUUGUGAGCAUUGUCUUAUCAUUCUCCAAAAAACAAAUUAUUUUAAAUUAAAAAAUUACGGUUGUUCAAGGAACAAUUUGUUUGUCCCUAGGGUCUCGUCACGACAAACAGUUUUUGUUUGCCGCGUGAAAGUUUUUGGUUUUGAAAAAUUGAGUGAAUUUUUAUUUGCUUUUUUUUCGGUGGAGUCGUUCAAGGUUUGAUCGCGUGAUCACGUGAAUAGAAUUAUGCUCUUGAUCAUUUCUAGAAACAUCGCUGUUAAUUUGGUUUUUCUUCUUAUCUUUUUUUCAAAAUAGGAAUCACUUGAAUUUUCCCCGCAUAAAAAAACAAAUCGAAUGAGAGCACAAAAAACAUAGCCAAAGGCACAGCUGCCUUUCUCUCCUGCGUCUCACUGGCCUCAAACACACACAAUCGAUUCUCUUUCAUUUUUUAGUUCUACACGUUUUGACAAAUAAAUAGAAAUUCUUAUCAUAGCGUUUUCGGCUUUGUUCAAUAAAAACAUUUGUUGUUUUCUUCAUGUUAUAAGUUAUUACAUUUUAUUUUAUUUAGACAUGUCUCUUACCCAAGACCCAGCCUUUAUUGCAUUGAAGAAACACGUAGAAGAUAACGAAAAAGAUAAACAAUUACUUGAUUGGUUCAAAGAAGAUGCUGGCCGUUUCCAAAAGUUUACGUGAGUUUUAAUUUCCUGAAUGAUUUUUAGUGCACUAAGCAGAUUUCAUCGAACUUUGUGGAAAAUGAUGCAAUUUUUCGAAUUUUUUGAAAUAAUGUUAAAAUAAUUAAUUAUUUCCAGACGAAACUUCGAUACUCCAGACGGUCAGUUUUUGUUUGAUUUCUCGAAAAAUCGUAUUACUUCAACUACAUUGGAUCUUCUUUUGAAACUUGUAAGUUAAUUUUAAAUAAUCAAAAAUCAAAUCUCGAUUUUUAGGCGAAAUCACGCGGGGUCGAAGAAUCAAGAGAUGCAAUGUUCAAUGCCGAAAAGAUCAAUUUCACUGAAGAUCGUGCUGUUUUGCACAUCGCUUUGAGAAAUCGAUCAAAUCGUCCAAUUUUGGUUAAUGGAAAAGAUGUAAGUUAAAUUUUCCUUAAUAUUUCGAAAAGCUUAUUUGAAGAUUUUAUAGGUUAUGCCAGAUGUUAACAGAGUUUUGGCUCAUAUGAAAGAGUUUGUGAAUGAAAUUAUUAGUGGAACAUGGACAGGAUAUACUGGAAAGAAGAUCACAGAUGUUGUUAAUAUUGGAAUCGGAGGUUCUGAUUUGGGACCAUUAAUGACAACUGAAGCUUUGAGACAUUAUCAAGUUGGUCCAAAUGUUCAUUUUAUUUCAAAUGUUGAUGGAACACAUGUUGCUGAAGUUACAAGCAAAUUGAAUGCUGAAACAACUCUUUUCAUCAUUGCAUCAAAAACUUUCACAACUCAAGAAACAAUUAGUAAUGCAGAAACUGCAAAAGAAUGGUUCUUGUCGAAAAAUGGCGGAGAUCAAUCAGCUGUUGCAAAACAUUUUGUUGCUUUAUCUACAAAUGUUCCAAAAGCUGUUGAAUUCGGAAUCAAUGAGAAAAACAUGUUCGAAUUCUGGGAUUGGGUUGGUGGAAGAUAUUCAUUGUGGUCAGCUAUUGGAUUAUCAAUUGCUGUUCAUAUUGGAUAUGAUAAUUUCGAAAAAUUAUUAGAUGGAGCAUUUGCUGUUGAUGAGCAUUUCCAUAAAACUCCUUUGGAAAAUAAUGUAUGUUUUCAAUAUUUUUCUGUUAUUUAUUUUUAUAUUGAUUUUUUGUAGAUCCCCGUUUUGUUGGCUAUGAUUGGAGUUCUUUACAAUAAUGUUUAUGGAGCAGAAACUCAUGCAUUGUUGCCAUAUGAUCAAUAUUUGCACAGAUUUGCUGCCUAUUUCCAACAAGGAGAUAUGGAGAGUAAUGGAAAAUUCGUGACAAGGUAAAUUUGAAAGAGUUAAAUGAUCUAACGUAAAAAGAAAAGGAAACAUAUUUCCAAAAGUUUUGUUUUGUGUGUCAUUUGCGCUCUGUUGAACACCAUUAUAUCCCAAAUCAAUUAUUUCAACAUUGUGUGCAAUAAUUUUUUUAGAAAAAUUAUGCAAUUUUCAGACAUGGAACACGUGUUGAUUAUUCAACUGGUCCAAUUGUUUGGGGAGAACCAGGAACAAAUGGUCAACAUGCAUUCUAUCAAUUAAUUCAUCAAGGAACUCGUCUUAUUCCAGCCGAUUUUAUUGCUCCAGUUAAAACAUUGAAUCCAAUUAGAAAUGGAUUGCAUCACCAGGUUUGUUGAAAAAACAUUAUUUUUGCUUCAUAGCAUUCAAUAUCAAUUAUUCUUUUCAUUUUUUGUUUUUAGAUUUUGCUCGCUAAUUUCUUGGCACAAACUGAAGCUUUGAUGAAAGGAAAAACUAGUCAAGAAGCUGAAAAAGAACUCAGAGCAGCUGGAUUGGAUGGAGAUAAAUUGAACAAGAUUUUGCCACAUAAGGUAUGUUUCGGAAUUAGGUUUUAUAGAUUCUAGAAAAUUAUCUAUUGAAUUUUUAAAGGUUUUCGAAGGAAACAAGCCAACAACUUCGAUUGUUUUGCCAGUUGUUACUCCCUAUACUCUUGGAUCUUUAAUUGCAUUCUAUGAACAUAAAAUCUUUGUUCAAGGAAUUAUUUGGGAUAUUUGCAGUUUCGAUCAAUGGGGGUAAGAAAUAUCGUUUGGUUUUGAAUUCUAGUAUCUAUAUUUCAAAUAACUAUUUUCAGAGUCGAACUCGGAAAACAAUUGGCAAAAGUAAUUCAACCUGAAUUGGCUACACCAGAAGUUAUUUCAACUCAUGAUGGAUCUACAAAUGGAUUGAUUGCGUUCAUCAAAAAACACGCAUAA